AUGCACAGCGUUUGGAGGGAUAAACAGGCUUGGGAGGCAUUAAAAUUGCCAUUGUCAACACCUUCAGAUGAAGCAUGUAAAAUGUUUGAUGCCACAGUAACUCAGUAUGUUGGCUGGUAUGAUGAUGAUUCUGUUGGUGGAAUUGAAGGAUCCAUUUCUAAAAUGAUGUCUGCUGACCCAAGCUUUAUUUUUGUUACUUUCUCUUUCUCUCCCUCUUUUUUUCAUACUCCCUCUUUCUUUAUUUCUCUCUCUCUUCCCCUCCUCCAUUUUCUUUAUCUCACUCCCAUUUCUUUUUUCUCUCUUCUUUUUCAUUCUUUCCCUUCUCUCUUCCUUUCCUUCUUUCUCCUUUCUAUUCUUUCCCUCUCUCCUUUUUCUUUCUUUCUUUCUUUCCUCCUUCUUUUCCUCCUUUUUUCUUUUCUUUCUCCCUUUUUCCUCCUUUUUCUUUUCUUUCUCUCUUUUUCCUCUUUUUCUUUUCUUUCUCUCUUUUUCCUCUUUUUCUUUUCUUUCUCUUUUUCCUCCUUUUUUCUUUUUUCUCCUCUUUUUCCUCCUUUUUUCUUUUCUUUUUCCUCCUUUUUUCUCUUCUUUUUCCUCCUUUUUUCUUUCACCUCUUUUCUCCUCCUUUUUCCUUUCUUUCACCUCUUUUUCUCUCCUUUUUCUUUUCUUUCACCUCUUUUUCUCUCCUUUUUCUUUUCUUUCACCUCUUUUUCUCUCCUUUUUCCUUUCUUUCACCUCUUUUUUCCCCUUUUUCCUUUUACUUUCUUUCUUUGA